UUCUUCCCAGGAAAGCGGUUGCCUCAGUUUCUCUUCAGACGCGGUAUGACCAUGGAUUGCGUCAUUUUCUGAAGUGUUCAGGAACGAAGUGAAAGAAAAUGUGGACAACACCAUAUCUUUAAGUAAUGUCCUUUAAUUUGACUGUAAAUAUAUAUAUUUAUCUCAGUAAUACAAGAAAGAUUUGGGUGAAACAGAGAAACAAGCAAGUGUAUUUUUUGAACAGACCUAAAUUUUAUUGGAGGGUUUGUCCCUCCUACCCGAGGAGAGGUUUCCAUACAAGGAGGACACAAUGUAAAUGGAUCCAAAGGGAAAUAAACUGUUCUGACAAGCACUGCUACCUGCAAGAUGGCCAGGAUUCACAGAUUGGAGUCUUAAAGUUUAGUACCUCUGCUCCCAAGGGACUAACAAAAGUAAGAGUUUGUAUGUCCCGUAUUAAAAACACUUUGGACUCCGUUUCAAAGGCCGUAUUUGGCAAUCAGAAUGAAAUGAUUUUACGUUUAGCACGAUUUAAGCCCAGCUCCGGAAUAUUGAGGAAAGCAUCAGAAAAUGCCAGAUUGAACCAGGAAAAGGGAAAACAAGCACCAGGAGUAAAAACGCCACAAGAGUCUAGUGUGAGUCCAGCAGAAGAGAGUCAUUUUUAUGGAAAUGGAACCUCAGAUUCUUCAUUGGAAACCACAAAUGAGAUCGGUGAAGUUUUAGAAGACACUGAAAAGAGUAAAGGCUACCUUUUUCAUAUAAGCUACUUUGCCACAAAUUUUGGGGAGUCAUUCAACUUUUUAUCAAACCACAUAAAUUCGUACUUCUUAGGUGAUAAGGAUAAGGCUGAAGAGAUGGAAGGCAAACCUGCUGCCCCCAUUGAUUCAGAAGGGGAAGAUGGAAAGGAUAAAGUUGGAAUCAGAAAUGGUUCUUCAGAAUAUUAUGCCUCUAAUAAUGAGAAGGUGACCAUUUCGGAUACUCCUUGUAUCCCUGAAGCCGAUCCCGUGGAAACUACUGAAACAUUGGACGUUCAUACAGUUUCGACUAAACAGAGUAUCGCAAACUUCCUUUCGCACCCUAGUAACAGUGUUCAGGCUUUAGUUGGUGGUUAUAUAGGUGGACUGGUCCCCAGAUUAAGAGCUGAACCAAAAGGUCACUCAGAAGAACGUGAAGAAGCUGUAGGAACAACCGAGCAGGCGAGCGGCAAGGAGAAAAGUUCGGAAGAGAAAAGGCGUCUGUCUCUUCAACGAGAAAAGAUAAUUGCAAGAGUGAGUGUUGAUAACCGAACCCGGGCGAUCGUUCAAGCACUGCGAAGAACAACGGACCACAAGCUGUGCGUUAACAGGGUUGAAGAACUGACUUUUCAUCUUCUAGAAUUUCCAGAAGCUCGAGGAGUCGCUGUCAAGGAAAAAAUUAUUCCUUACUUGUUACGACUGAGACGAACUAAGGACGAACAUCUUCAAGAGGCCGUUAGGGAGGCCUUAGCCUUGAUUGGCUACACGGAUCCGGUGAAAGGCAGGGGAUUUCGAAUCCUCACAAUCGAUGGUGGAGGAACAAGGGGUGUGGUUGCUCUUCAGACCUUACGCAAACUGGUAGAACUUACCGGGAAGCCAGUCCAUCAACUUUUUGAUUACAUAUGUGGUGUAAGCACAGGUGCUAUAUUAGCUUUCAUGCUGGGGCUGUUUCACAUGUCCCUGGAUGAAUGCGAGGAGCUCUAUCGUAAAUUGGGAUCAGAUGUGUUUUCACAGAAUGUCAUCGUUGGAACAGUCAAAAUGGGUUGGAGCCAUGCAUUUUAUGACAGUCAAAUCUGGGAAAAGAUACUCAAGGAAAAAGUGGGAUCCCAACUAAUGAUUGAAACAGCAAGAAAUCCCCACUGUCCUAAGGUAGCUGCCGUAAGUACGAUUGUAAGCAGAGGAACCCCACUGAAAGCCUUUGUGUUCAGAAACUACAGUCAUUUUCCUGGAGUCAAGUCGCAUUAUAUGGGAAGUUGUCGCUACAAGCUGUGGCAAGCCAUUAGAGCGUCAUCUGCUGCGCCGGGCUACUUUGCCGAGUAUGCACUGGAUAAGGACCUCCAUCAAGAUGGAGGCUUGCUUCUGAAUAACCCUGCUGCCUUAGCGAUGCAUGAGUGCAAAUGUCUUUGGCCGGAUGUCCCGUUACAGUGUAUCGUGUCCUUGGGCACAGGGCGUUAUGAAGGUGACAGAAAAACCAAUGUGACAUACACAAGUUUAAAAACCAAACUGACGCACGUUAUCAGCAGUGCCACCGAUACAGAAGAAGUUCAUAUAAUGCUUGAUGGUCUCUUACCGUCAGACACCUAUUUUCGGUUUAACCCCGUAAUGAAUGAAGACAUACCUCUGGAUGAAAGUCGAAAUGAGAAACUAGACCAGUUACAGUUGGAAGGGAUGCGGUAUUUAGAGAGAAAUGAAGAAAAAGUGAGAAAAGCGGCCAAAGUGUUAACCCAGGAAAAAACAACUAUGCAGAAAAUUGCAGAUUGGCUGAAAUUAAAAGCUGAUAUGUACGAAGGCCUUCCAUUAAUUUCAAAACUAUGAAACAUCAGUGCAUGCCCAUAAAGCCGUUACCCGAAAAUCAUCUAAUUCAAUAAAGAAUUCAUUUAGAGUUUCUGUAAAUUGACUUUUGAAUAUUUUUUCAUUAUGGGCCAUGCUGAAGGUUUUGAGUCUUCUUGACAAGGUAUUUGUUCAGUCAGCAAGGCCAGAUGUGAAUUGAUAAAUAACUGUUACUGCAAUAAGGUUUUAAUGGUGUUAAUAGUCAUAUGAGCAUUAGGAAUAGUACCCUUGUAGUUGAUGGUUUUAGUAAAUAUUGGUUUUGUUUCGAAGUUUUUAAAUGUAUUAGUAUUUUGCCUAGCAAAACACUAAAAUAUCAGAGGUCAUUGUAUAUUUUUUCAUUGUUUAAUAAUCAUGUUGAGUUAAUUUGAUCGUUAAUCUCUUAAAGUUAAAAAGUAGGUGUUUUCCCAACGUUCACUAAAGGCUUUUAGUCUGCAUUAAGAACUAUGUACUUAGAAUUACCUGUCAAUUAAAUAGCAACCUAAUAACAACAGAAUUGCUUGUUGCUUUACACUUGGUAAACAGAAGUAACAUUAAUGUACGUCUUUGUCUUUAAAAAUAUUUUCCUGGGUAAUUUCAGUUGAAGAAGUUACAAAAGCACAGCUCGCUCUGUUCUGUUCUGAAUUCAAAGCAAUUUGUCUUGUAACUUUUUGAGAUUUAUGUCAUCCUUAACUCAUUCACUUCUGUAAAUAAUCGUUUGAUUUCAUUGAAACAAAUAUUCCUCUGAUAAAUAAACGAUAUCCAAUAAGCUUAAA